AUUCACCGUCUGUUGCCGCCCGCGAUUCAUCUCCACUGUCGACCACCUCAACCGUCCAUUAUGGUACCCUGCUAGGACCAAGGUCUACUAUCAGACUAACAGUCGAGAAGUCACUUUUUAAUUUGUUCGUCAAGCACUUAGGGCAGCUGCAUCACCCCAAGACGAAGACGAAGAACAUAUCGUCUCAGCCGCAGCCAUUACCAGCAAACAAACAACAUCACCACCCACACAAUAUCCACCGAGACCACAACAAUGGCAUCCCAGCCCAGCCUACCAGGCUCACCAAAGUCUGGGGGCCCUCUCAAUCCAAUAUCACCAGGCCGGGCCAACCACCAACGCGAACCGACCUUCAUGAGCUCCCUGCGAAGCGAGUUGCGCGACAGCUCCGUCCACGAUAAGAUCAGCCAAUUCAACACCCUCGCCACUCAGUCCAAGACUCUCGAGCGGAAGACCGCCGAUGCCGCCCUCAAGCGCGCCAUGCUGGGCCGGGAAGAAGCCGAGUCCGAGAUGCGUCGCUACCGAGAGGAGAACAAGGUCCUUCGCACACAGCUCGACAAGGCGAAGGACCGCGAACACAGAGUCAGCGAACGACUCGAAGCUGUCAUGGAGCAAUACGGCCGUGCCAAAGAAACCUACGCACAUACCAAAGCCGCCUUCGAAAAAGAAAUCAAAGCCGCCCGGAAGAAGAUUUUCAAAAACGACGCCACCAUCAUAAAGCUCCAGGAAGAGGUCAAGGCCGCCCGCGACGGAUGGCGAACGGCCUCCGACCACCUCGACGAAGAGAAGGCCCGGAGCAAGAAACGCGAACAAGAAGCCUUCGAAGCCCGGUACCACAUGGUCGCCCUCGAAGAACGGCUCGGCGAAGCCCUCGAGCGCAUCAAGGUGCUCGAGCAGGAGCGCGACGCGCUCAAGACCCUCGCCCAGGAAGAAGAAGUCGCCCGCAUCGCCGCCGAGGGCCGCAUCCCGCUCCCCCCAACCCAGAACCAGGACGACGAGUUUGCGUCCCCUCGUAAGAAGAGGCAGCGCGUCUCGCUCUCGUCUGCCGAAGUGCUGUCCUCGGCCGCCGGCGAGGAGGAGAUGGAGGAGCUCAGGCGCCAGAUGCACUGGGAGCGCCGGCGGGCGGAACGGGCCCAUGCGUUUAUUGAUUUCCUGCAGGCGGAGUGCCACUUGCGUACCUGCCCGGCUGCUAAGCAUGCGAGACAAAAGCGCCAGUCUCUUCGGUCGCCGCAUCGCGUUCUGGUCUCGCCUCGGGAGAUUGUGAACCAGAAUUACGAGAUGGCUCUUGAUCUGGCGCCGGCAUACACGAUAUCUCCACGGUUUGCAUCGAAUCAUCCUCACGAUGCCGAGGAGGCAGAACAGACCGAACAGACCGAACAAACCGGAAACACCGAACCAACCGAAUCCGUCUGCAACAAGCCCACGCUACCGAGUCUGAAGAGGCCCAGGGAGGAACCCAGACGGAGCACCAUCUUCUGCCCCGAAGAGGGCAUUUUCCGCACCGUCUCGCAGGAGGAGGCGGAGGCCAUGCAAUCGGCCACCCAGAAGAGCAGCGGGGACGACGACCAGAGCGAGGGCCCUCCGACACCGGCAGACCCCGAACAAGAGAGGAUGUACGCUCGCACCCCGUCCGUCGAACCCCCUUCAUUCGCCCUGCUCGCCCAGGAGCGCAUCUCCCUCGCCUCCCUCCUCAACGCACCACACGGCAUCACCGCCCGCUCUUCUCCCGUCCCAGAGAGGACGACACCGCCGUCUCCCCAAGGCGACCCGGCGCCGGCGGCACCAGUGUACGGGACCGAGACGACCACCACGACGGUGCCCCUCCGCGACGAUAGCGUCGUCGGGCCCGCGGCGCGGUUCCAGCGCUCCCGCACCCCGUCGAGCGACUGCCACGAGUCCUUUGACGUCAACAACCCGGCCAUGACGCCUACGAUUUCGCGCGAGGAGGCCCUGGCCCGGAUCCGCGAGAGGAGGGGUCGUGCGCGCAGCGCGGCGCAGGGGGGCGUGACGCCGCGACGGCUGGGGACGCAGAGCGCGGCGGGGGAGAGGCGUGAUUUGAGCGCGCCUACCGGGGCUGCUUCGUCUGCUUCUGUGCCGAGGGCGAUCAGCCGAGCGGCUGGGCGCGUGAGGAACGUGCGAUAGAGCUGGGAG